UGAAUGGCCGUGUGCGUGCCCGUUUUGUUUAUUAAAAGUGAAUUCAAACUAUUAUUAUUAGAUUAGCCAUGGUUUUUAUGGCUGGGACUUAAGGUGGCGACUGAUUACAUUACAUGAAAUUUAUUAUAAAUUUAAACUUAUCAUAAACUCAUACAAAAUGGGCGGUGGUGAUUUGAAUUCGAAAAAAUCAUGGCAUCCGAACAAUUUGAAAAAUCAAGAACGUGUAUGGAAGGCCGAGCAAGCCGCCGCCGAAGAGAAGAAGCGUAUUGCAGAGUUGCAACACGAGCGCGCGCUCGAGAGGGACCGCGCUGAGCUCAAUGAUCUAGCCAAGCAGACCGCAGGCUCCACCUCCGAUAACCGCCUCAGUUGGAUGUACAAUAAACCCGACAAAAAGGUGCAGCAGGAAGAGUACUUGUUGGGCAAAACUAUCGAUUCCAAGUAUGACCGUCCCGAGGAGCCUGUGGACGCGAUCCCGGCGGUGUCUCGGCGCGUGGUGGGGUCGAGCAUGCUGGCGGCGGGCGGGGACUCGCAGGUGGACCUGGCCAGGAAGAUGCGGGAAGAUCCGCUGCUGCUGGUGAAGGAGCGGGAGCGCGCCGCCCGCGCCGCCCUGCUCAAUAAUCCUGUACAGAGGCAACGGCUAGCGGAGUUGCUAAGGAAGGAACAGGAUCAAAGGAAAGAAAAAAAAGCUAAAAAGGGGAAGAAAAAUGAUCUUGAUGAUAAACUUGCAGAAAAAUUAAAUGCACUAAAUGCUAAAAAGGGUGUUGAUUUAGCUGCUUUAUUGGCAGACUCGUCCUCUGAGUCAUCAUCUAGUGAAGAUAAACCCAAAAAGAAGAAAAAGAAAAAAGAUUCCAAAAAGAAGAAGAACAAGAAGAAAUCAAAAAAAUCAGACAAAGAUAAUGAAACUGCUUCAGAUGAUGAUUCUCCUGACCGCAAACCGAAAAAAUCAUCUAUCAAAAAAGAUAACUCAAAGACUGAAUCAAAGAGUGGUAAUCGAAAAAGGUAUAGUUCAGAUGAUUCUAGCGAUAAUGAAAAAAAAAGGAGGCGUACAAUAAGUCCAUCUGAAAGGCGAUCGAAUGGUCAAACAAAGUAUGAAGACAGCUCCAGAGAGAGACAGGAGGAGCGGCGCGACCGCGACAGUCGCCCUGAGCGAGAAAACUCCCGCCAGGAGCGCGAGCGACCUAACAGAAACUCAUUUAGAGACAGAGAUAACAGGCACGAUGAAAGAGACAGCCGCGAUGACAAGCGGGAUGAAAGAUACAGACAAGUUGACAAGCGGGAUGAAAAGUAUAUCCGAAAUGACAAAAGAGAUGAAAGGGAUAGACAAGUUGAAAAGCGUGAUGAUAGAAAUAGUCGAAUAGACAAGCGGGAUGAGAGAAAUAGCCGAGUUGACAAGCGGGAUGAGAGAUAUAGCCGAGUUGACAAGCGGGACGAAAGGGAUAGUCGAGUAGGCAAGCGGGACGAUAGAGAUAGCCGAGUUGACAAACGAGAUGAAAGAGACAGCCGCGCAGAGAAGCGUGAUCGCAGCAAUGACAGGUCCAAGCGCGGUCGGCUGAGCUCGGCAGAGCGAGCGGCGCGGCUCGCAGCCAUGGCCGCCGCGGGGUCGGAGCACGAGCGCGAGCGAGAGGCCCGAGUGGCCAGACAGAGAGCGGUGAUAUCCGCAGACGACACCCCCCGCGGCCCCCGCGCCCCCCGCCCCGACAUCCUGCCCGCCUCGCUGGAGUCCCGCAUACACUCCAACCGACAUAAUAUACAGCGGAACGAGAGGCAUAUGAACGAACAUUUCGCUCGCAGGUAGCACUGUACUGAUCAACUACAGUACUUAUACAUUUCCUAAACAUUGUUCACACAGCGACGUGUUUUCGUGUUUGAAGUGAAAGGUAAUGUUAGAUCCAAUUUGUUUAUUUUACGUUUCUUUAAGUUAUGGACUUAAGAAGGAUGAGUAGAUGAAGAUGAAUUUUAUAGAAGAGAUCAAUAAAACACUGGAAUAUUAAAA